UCGUUAGCAUAAAAUUCCUGGAUUUUAGGAAAUUUGAAUGAUUUUGACUCAACUGUAUCAAUUGCAUUCAGAUCGCCAAUUAUGUAAUUUGAUGCUGAUCGGUUUACUUUAGCAAUUUUAGUGAGAUACACAUUAUUUUUCCAAACCAGAAGGAAUAUUCACAGAAUGUCAAUUUUUUUUUAACGUAAAUUCAUUUGUAUACAGCAUGGAAUGAUUCGGAUCUCCCGGACACAACCCUGCUCAGUUAUGAUUUUUCAGUUAAAUAAAUUCAGGUAAAACCACCCAAUAAUUUGGGCAUACCUCAUACCUCGCUCUUCACGCCCGACGUGCGAUGUGAAGCGAGUGGAGAGACUUUGAGGUUACAGCAGCAGGUUGGUAUGAGGGUGUGGAGACGGUGCUGGCUGAGCUCCAGAUUCACCUGUCCUCGUGGCCACACCUAAAGGAAUGCGGCAGGUAGCACAGGCAUCGGCCGUCAGCAUAACGGCAACCGAGUGUGUGGAGAGAAGAGUUUGUUUAUCUGCUGCACAGAGCAAAGCUGAAGGUUUUAAGGAUUUAAAGGUGACUUCGCUGGUGAGAGUGCCUUCCUGUUGUAGAGUGGCCGGGUGUUCAGGAGCUUGCAGAUCGCCUCUGCAUUUCGGAGCACCUUGAAGAACUUGUGGUGAUCAGCGAGCCGUGCCAGAAUCAGCGCCAUGACCGGUCAGUAGGGAACCAAGACGCCAGCUUCAGCAGCCACACAGUUAUGAGAAGGGAGAGGCAGUGUGGGAACAGGAGGGGGGGAUGAAAACUUAUGAGAACAGCAACAGGAAAUGGAAGUUACAGUAUGUUAUUUUGGGAUGUUUCGGAAAAAAGCUUCAUCCUCCUUGAGAAUGCGGAGAAUAUCAGAAAGGGGUGUAGACCGCGGCCGGAGCUCCUCCUUCCAUGAGGUGGGUGGCUUGCGAGAGCUGGAAAUGAGGGGGGCAGCCUCCGUUUCCGAAGAAACCUCGAACGCUGGUGCAAGUGGCGGAGGCCACACCGUCCUACAGCGACUCCUGCAGGAGCAGAUGCGCUAUGGCGAAGGCAGAAACUACCUUGCCUUGCAGCAGCAACAACAGCAGCAGCUGCAGCAGCAACAACAGUCCCAGCCGCAGCAGCAACAGCAGCAGCUUUUGGGCCCAGGAGACGAACACUCCAUGGUCCCUCACAUUGCUCGACAGGAGCCACAGGGCCAAGAACUGCAGGCAGACAGUGGCAUGGAGAAGCAGCUGAACGCAAGAGGUAGUGGAGGUGCAGGAUCCCAAGGCCAGAACCCUGAGGACCUGCCUUCAUAUGAGGAAGCCAAGGUGCAGUCACAGUAUUUCCGUGGCCACCAGCCACAGCAACAGCUUGGCCCAACGGUGGGUGCUGCCUUCUAUGUUACCGGAGUCACCAACACAAAGGUACGUCCUCCGGAGGGCCGUCCCGCAGUACAGCGGCUUGGCGCAGCCAAAGUGCACCAGGAUGAUGGCCUAAAGGACCUCAAGCAGGGUCAUGUGCGCUCACUCAGUGAGAGGCUUAUGCAGCUUUCUCUGGCCACUAGUGGAGUCAAAGCCCAUGCACCCGUAACCAGUGCGCCACUCUCACCCCAGCUGCCUCAACCACCAGGACCGUCGGGGGACUACUACAAACCGGCAGGACCUCACCGUGGCCCACCCCCAGACUAUCCCUAUAAAGGUCUACCCUCACCACCCAAACAACAGCAGCAGCACCACCAUCCACAGCACCAAGAUCCAGGACAUUACUAUUCAGACCACCGCGGCUCAGCUCAGCAGUCCAGAGCCGAUGUCCCUCAUGUGCGCUACCAACCACCACCAGAGUAUGGCUCUUUCCGCUCCAAUAAAGAGAACUCCGUUCACUCCCAGAGGCCCAUCCAUCAACAUAGUCCCACAUCCUCGGUCACCUCUAUGGGUUCGCUGUCCCGUGCUCAGUCCUCCACCCUCAGCAGCAUCACGGCUUCUUCUCAUUCUUCACCAAUGGCCCACCAGGUAGAACCACUCUUCACAUUGGGGCCACGGAGUCCACAGGGUCUUGGCCCCCAUCAGGGCGAACCAUACGGCCUGGGCCCAGCUCACUCCGCGGCUCAUCAACGGCCCCACGGCUUCCCUCAUGACCCCUAUGGCUCGGCACCCAGGGGCCUUCACCUACACCAGCACCAGUUCCAUCCACAGGGGCAGCAGCAGCAGCAGCCUGUCCCAGCACAGCACUACCAACACCCUCACUCAUUUCAGGGUGACUCCUAUGCCAUGUUGGCACGUGCCCAGCAGAUGGUGGACAUGCUCGCUGAGGAGAACAGGCAACUCAAGCAGGAGAUGGAGGUGUGUCUGGAGAAGGUGUCCAAGCUGCAGAAGCUAGAGACCGAGAUCCAACUGGUGUCCGAGGCCUACGAGAACCUGGCAAAGUCCUCGUCCAAGAGGGAAGCCCUGGAGAAGACCAUGAGGAACAAGCUGGAGCUGGAAGUGCGCAGGCUACAUGACUUCAACAGGGAUCUUAGAGAACGUAUGGAAACAGCCAACAAGCAGCUAGCAGCCAAAGAAUGUGAGGGCACGGAGGACAACCGCAAAACCAUCUCUCAGCUUCUGGCUCAGAACAAAGAGAGCCAGCGGGAAAAGGAGAAACUUGAGAUAGAGCUUAAUGCACUGCGCUCCACCAACGAAGACCAGCGCAGGCACAUCGAGAUCCGCGACCAGGCCCUGAACAACGCUCAGGCUAAAGUAGUCAAACUGGAGGAGGAGCUUAAGAAGAAGCAGGUCUAUGUAGAGAAGGUGGAGCGGAUGCAGCAGGCUCUGGCUCAGCUGCAGGCUGCCUGUGAGAAGAGAGAGCAGUUGGAGCACAGAUUACGCACACGGCUGGAGAGAGAGCUGGAGUCACUCAGGAUGCAACAGAGAUCGGGCGGCUCACAGAACACCACGGGUUCCGAGUACAGCACGACCGCCCUGAUGGAGCACCUACGCGAGAAAGAGGAGAGGAUUUUGGCUCUGGAGGCCGACAUGACCAAAUGGGAGCAGAAGUACUUGGAGGAGAGCGUCAUGAGACAGUUCGCCCUAGACGCAGCCGCAUCGGUUGCCACGCAAAGAGACACGUCGUCAGCUAUGAUCAGCCACUCGCCCAGCAGCAGCUAUGACACCUCGGUGGAGGCACGUAUACAGAAGGAAGAGGAGGAGAUUCUCAUGGCUAACCGUCGCUGCCUGGACAUGGAGAGCCGCAUCAAGAACCUCCAUGCGCAGAUCAUCGAGAAGGACGCCAUGAUUAAGGUGCUGCACCAACGUUCACGCAAGGAGCCGAGCAUCAAACCAGACGGUCCGUCUGCCAUGCGUCCCUCCAAGUCCCUCAUGUCCAUAGCUACGGGUUCGAGCGGAUUGGGCAGCUCGGGUCUGCUGUCUCACUCGCUGGGGCUCAGCGGCAGCAGCCCGAUUACGGAGGAACGCAAGGAGGACCGCAGCUGGAAAGGCAGCCUGGGUGUGUUACUGGGGCCAGAGUUCAGAGGGGACUCUUUGAGGACCGAGUCCAUUUCGUCGUCUCCGUCACCAGUGCUGCCGUCCACUCCGAUGCCGGUUACUACCCACUCAAAAACAGGCAGUCGUGACAGCUGUACACAGACAGACAAAAGUCAGGAGUCGAGCAAACCCAGCACCCCGGCACUGCAGAGUGUCACAGCCAGCAACCGCAUCAGCAGCCCCAGUCCUGUCUACAUCCCUGACCGGAUCGCAGAUGUUCCGGUGUUCCACAGCAAUACUCUGGAGAGGAGAGCGCCAGUGCAGUCUCAUCAACAGCCACAAAAACAGGACGAUGUAGAUAACGAGAUGGUGGAAAUACUCAUCUGAACCGUGUGACACACUCGCAUCCAAACACGCGACAGGUGAAGGAUUCCUUUUACGACGCCACGCGCUCGUCUUAUACUCACGGUGUAUUGGAAUGCACUACGUUUUUACCCCUUGUAUAGAACAAUACACCACGUCAGCUACAAUUAACGUUUUUUUGUACAGUAUUCGUCGUGGUGGCGAUUUCAGUUUAGGACCAAACGUAUUGGCGACAUUUUGUUUUUGUUUUUUUUUUCCUUAGCAUUUAUUGCACUACUUUUUUUCUUUCUUUAAGCUUUCGAUAUUAUUCGAACUAGAUAGUGCACAUAUACCAAUGUUAUCAGUUUUUUGGCACUUGACUUAUAAGACGGUAUGCUUACUAGCGAAAAGGUCGUUCCAUGUAAAUACUGUAUCUAAAUACUGUAAGACCACAUGUAAGAUAGGAGGAGCGGAUGUGUACGGCCCUGUGAACUUUAAAGGCACUGCCGGAGUGUUGAAGAGUACCGACCUCACAGAAUUGUGCGGUCUGUGGUUUUGCCGAGUAU